AUGAUGGACGAAGCACGGCCUCCGCCCCAACAGCUAACGGUGCAAGAGGCAGCCAAUUGGAAGACGUUCGAUCAGAUCAAUGAACGCCGGGUAGAGCUGCAACGAUACGUGAAUCGCAGGAUCCUACCACAGAAACCAGAGGAUCUGACCAUCAAAGACAAGAUCAUUUUGAUCCAGCACCUCAUCCUGUGUCUGUUCACCUACCAGCCGGCCGUUCGUAAUGAUUACUCAGAGUGCCCGGUCGUCCGUCACGGGGACAUCAAGACCACUGAGGCGCGGGAGCUCAUGUCAUCGUCUAAGAACUACAUGGUAGAAUACGAGAAGGACCAGUUUCAUGAAAGCGUCGGGAAACAGAAGAGCAAGGAAGAUGACGAGCGAACAAAGAGAGCAAAGAUGCACUUACACGAUCUCACUUUGCAGAUCAUGAACCAUUACUUUGCCGUUGUGCGUUCGACAAAGGCGGUUUACCUAAAGACAAUCUACUCAAGAGACGCAAACGGGAAGCUUGAGUCCGACGAGACCAUCCAUCGGUCCGGCCGGGACUUUCUGGAGGUCUGCAGAAACUUCCAGCUCGAGAGCCUACCUGGGAAGAACAAAGAGGUUGCCAGGUUUUGGGAGAGCAACCCUAAGCGGCGGGAAUACGAUCAGAUCGUGUUCGAGCCGGACCCAUCAAAGGGGUCCCCGCGACAUUUCAAUCUGUUUUCCGGGCUGAGAUUCAAACCGCUCGACCACAAGUUGACGGAGGCGGAGUUCAUGGAGUGCGAGGUACAGAUGCCAAAGCUUAUGUGGCACCUUCGCAACAUCGUGUGCGAUGGCUCAAACGAACGAUUCACCGAUAACAUCAGUUGGAUGGCGCACGCCGUGCAGAAGCCUUGGAGGAAGGUUGGAGUGGCUCUUGUUUUCCGCAGUGGGCAAGGGUGCGGAAAGUCUGUAGUGUGGGACUUCAUUGGACGCGAGAUUCUUGGUGCCAAGUACUAUCUUUAUUGCAACAACAUCGACACGGUCAUUGGAAAAUUCAAUUCAUUGGGAGCCAAUAAGCUUCUCAUUACUUUUGACGAGGCAGGAAAUUGGGGAGGGGCGUUCCGGAUGAAUGAUCGGAUGAAGUCGCAAAUCACUCAGGAGACGACGUGCUUGGAGCGUAAAGGCCAAGAUCCGAUCAGCGUGCAGGACAAGAGCAACCUCGUUUUUACGACCAAUAAUUACUCGCCAGUGAAACGGGAGGCCGACGACCGACGAUACUCUUGUCAGCAAGUAUCAGAUACCAAAAUGGGCGACAAAGAGUACUUUGAUGCACUUGUGGAAGAGUUGGAAAAACCCAUGACCGCAUAUUACAUGUAUCGGUAUCUUUCAUCCAUUGACAUCUCCGACUGGAAUCCUCAAAAGAUGCCAAUUACAGCUUGGGGGGAAGGCCUAAAGGAACAUUCGAUUCCACCCCAUGUCAACAUGAUGCAAGCGUUGCUUGAGAACGGGUGCUUUCACCCGUCCUUGGAGACGUGGGUAGCAUCAGCGGACAUCAAGCGGACUUAUGACACAUUUUUGCAUCAGAUGGACAUCAAAGAAGACCGCCAUACCGACAUUAAUCUCUUGAUGCGCUCUUUAAAUGCCGUUUUCAAGAUGCGACCGCAGGCACGCUCCAUUGAGAAGGUUCGAACCCACAAGGGAUGGUGGUUCGCCCCACAGGGCGCUAUCUGCGAGGCCCUGCACAAAGGGAAGCUUCUGAGCUCGACCGUGGAGUGGGUUGAUACCUGGCAACGACUCGAGUACGUGGAAGACAAGGAAGGCCCAUGGAUGACGGAACCGACGGCUCUUCAAGAGCUGGUUGAUGCUUUGGGAAGGUCGCGAAAAACCGUUGCGGAUCAAAAAUGCUCGUUCUGCUCCAACCGUCAUAUGUGGGAAGUGAGACGAGGUGAGGACGGGAAAGUACAGACUCGAGAAAGGCCAGAAGAUGAUUCUUUCCAAAGAGAUUGA